AUGUUGCAUCGCUGUCGUUUGCUUUGGACGGCGGAUUACCGUACUUCUUCAAAGAUUGCAGAUGAAUUUAAUAAUGUUCUUAACCGUAGUGGUUGGGGAUUUGAUCACGUUGCCAUUGAUGUAGGUACACUUGCUGGAGCUGCCGGUCGAUUGACACGUGAUCUCAUUGGACAUGAACGUGACACAGAGACUGUUAAGGUGUUACAUCGACAAAUUACGAAUGUCAUUCUUCGCCGCAUUCAACCAAAAAAAUCUCUUGCUAUUUUCCUUGAUGGUAGUGAACCACUUUGGAAGGUACGGCAUAUGCGAUUGUAUCCGGGAAAAAAGUUUGAAGGAAAAUUCUACCGAAGCGCUGCUUCUCCAAUGGUUUACCUUCUAGAAGAUAAAUUGCGGCAAGUGGCAGUUGAUUUGCGAACACCACCGAAGGAGUUUAUCAUUAGUGGGGCUGCAGUACCUGGACCAGUUGAAGGUAAAAUGUCAGCGUGGAUGCUUGAUCUCGCCACACGUGCUUUACCAGAUGGUGCUAUCUCGUCUGAUCCUUCUUCUCCAAUGAAAGGAGUCCCAGAGGUUACAGUUAAUGAUACUAUUUGUUUAGUUGGUGGUACGGAUUUGUUUUUAUCUGCUUUGGGAGCGACACCAUUUCAUAAUAUAACGACUGUUACACUACAACAAGGUGAAAUGAAAUCUCUUUCUCUGAGUGAAUCUCUUGAGUGGCUUUCUAUGGAUCAUUUGCUGAAGUCGGAGACAGCUACUAAUAAUGGUGAACAAGAUACAUCACGACAUGAUUUACAAAAACGACUUGCAUCUGUUCGAACCGAUGUUGUAUUAUUAUAUCUCUUGGCAAAUGGUAUCAGCGCUACGGAUCUUAGCGGUCUUGGAGUAAAUUUUAAAGACCUUAUGGAAGCUUAUACUGCUGAAGAAUCUGCUAAUGUCGAUGGGGCAAACCUUUUUGAUGAAACAUCUAAUGAUUCUUCUUUAUUACUUCGACCUGAUAUUUUGGAGCGUGUACUCACUCGAGCUACACGAAGAACAGGAACAUCACCGCGACCUUGUUGUCAAUCUGCAGAUUAUCUUGAAAUUCUUCUACAAAGUCACGCUAUGAUUUGUAGUGGGGGAAUUAAAAAUUAUCGUUGGACACCUGAUGAUAAUGAUAAUGUGCCAGAAAAAACCCCUAAAAUUCCUAUUGAACGUUUUAUAGGUCACUUAAAGCACCUUUCUGGUGUAGGAAAAGAAACUGUAACAUCAGAUAAUGAUGGUAAAAAUCCUUCUCAAUCUAAAGUUAAUGGAGUAAAGGCAUCAGUAGAUUGGACUUUUGCUCUCACUGGGUUAGAAACACUGCUUGUAAGUGCCCCUAAAGCAGAGAUGAUUGAACAAAUAAUUCCACUAUUUACAAAAGGUCAUGCUUUACCAAGUGGUAUUGCUGAAGAUAUUGUAAGUAAAAAGAAUAUUAUGGAAGCUAUACAAAAAGCUCGUGAUGUCCUUCAAGUAGUUAGAGAUAGUAGUACAAAUGAAGAAGGAAAUACAAUAUCUAAAGAGCAUCCCGCUCUUAAUCAUUUACCAUCACAUUACUUUGUGUAUACACCUGGUUCACGUGGACCACCGAUGCGGUGGACCUAUCAAAGUGUAAACUUAGGUAUUCGUGCUGCUGCACUUGGUGUUCGUUAUCUCACCGGUGCAGGAACAUCAAAGGCAACUUCACGUAUAUUAGAUGAGACUGGAAUAAAUACAAAAAAUACGCUUUUUGUUUAUAAUACAGAGAAAAAUGGGGUUUGGCAUGAGACUCCAUGUGAAAAGAUAAACCCAUCAUCCUCAAUGGAAGAACUUUCUACAUUACGUGUGGUGACGUGGAAUGUACAGUUCAGUCGUCAUAGUGGCGAACGAACCCCGUUAGGUCGUCAAGGAAUUGAUUGGUGUACGGCAACGCGUUAUGUGGCACUUGCUAAGACAUUAGAGUCACUUGAUGCUGAUGUAAUUGGAAUGCAAGAGGUGGAACCGGCAUGGUGGAAGUAUCUCUCUGAGCAACCAUGGGUACGAGAACGUUAUGCAUUAUCAUGUGGAGAAGAGAGUCACGCAAUUCGUCCAUGGGGUGUUUUGUUACUUGUUAAACGUCAUCUUAGUGUAAUGGCCACUCAGCAUGCAAAUGUUCCUGCUUUUACGGGUCAUACAAGUGUGAUGCCGGAAAUAACUAUAUCGGUUUCUAAGAAUGUUCCAGUUACAAUUGGGUCACUUCAUCUUCUUGCCCCAUAUAAUCAAAAUAAUAUUAAUAAUAGAACAACACAACUGGAAAAUUUAACUAAACGUAUGCGUACUCGUCCUUUUAUUGGAGGAUUAGCGACAGGUACAAUCGUUAUGGGUGACUUUAAUGAUUGUGCAACGAAUUAUUUUACAUUUCCUCCUGAAAUGGGUUUUAAAGAUGCUUGGUCAUUGCUGCAUUCAGAUGAUAAAGGUACAGAGGGAUAUACCAUUAACGGAGAUCGUAACCCCUACGCAGCGCAAAUUAUUGAACGUGAAUUUUUUGGUCGAGCAGAUCGUGUUCUUUUCGCCUCACGUCAUUUACAACCGAUUCACACAGAACUUGUGGGUACCACGUCUGUUCGUUCCCUUGGUGUCACAAAACAAGUUGAUAACAAUAAUGAUGUUCCAGAGUACUUGUAUCCAUCAGAUCACUUUGGUCUCUUAGUUGAGUUUCAGGUGGUGUAA